CACACACACUCCUCCACCCGGAGAGCUGCUGCUGUAAGUGUGUGUGAAGUUGUGAAGGAGAGGAAACUCGGAUCUGCUUGAUGUUUUGUUGAAGGAUUUGUGUAACUUUAAUGUGAUGAUGUGAUUUAAAGUGUAAACACAGUGUCUGAGACAUGAAGAGAGGUAAAUCUACACACACUGACGCACCAUGACCAACUUUUCCUACAUCUGCACCGUGUGGAUCAGCGUCUGUGUGUACCUCCUCUCUGCAGAACCUGAGAUCAGUGUAUCUGGCCCAGUGGGUUCUACAGCUGUCCUGCCGUGUCAACUGACGAGUGUAGACACUGACAGACUGUAUAUUAGAUGGAACACUGAAUCUGAGAUUGUGUUUGAGCGACUGGGUGAGAGGUCGUAUCAGGGUGAGGGAUAUGAGGGUCGUGUGGACGUUCCUGUGGAGGAGCUGCGUAAGGGGAACUGUUCACUGGUGUUACACAAUCUGACAUUUACUGAUACAGGAGUCUACACCAGCUACCAGACAGUGAGACACACCAAGAGAUCUGUCCGUGUUAGGAGAGGAACAGUCCUGAUCAACAGUGUUAAUCUCUCAGUCUAUGUUCCCCCUCUUAAAGAAACAGACGUUGGUAUUUCAGCAGCUCCCACAGUAAUGAAGAGUCCUCACCCACUGGUCCUGGUCCUGUCCCUCGUCUCAUGUUUACUCGUCCAGCUCUUCUGUGGAGAAACAUGAGUGUGACCUACAGCUGUGUACAGGACUGUGUGUUUCAAUCACACACAGUAAACUACACACUGCAGCUGUGUGAUGCUGAACAAUCAGAACUCUAGAGACACGUCACUGCUGUCCAAUCAGAACUGUCCCCCUGACUUAAAGACAACACUGAGUUUACGUUCCUAACACUGUGAGACAGUUAGUUGGACCUGAUGAAGAAUUCCGGAGAAGAAGUGAAGCAUCUUCAAGAACUUUAUACAAGUCGAGUCGUCACUGUAUUAUCAUUACUGAUCACAUUAUACGAGACGAUCUCAAGGACAUCUGAUCAGAAUUCUGUAAGAGAGUGUGAAAGUGUGUAAGUGUGUGUGUGUGUGUGAGAGAGAGUGAGAGAGUGUGUGUUUUACAUUUUUUAAGAUGAGGAGAAGUAAAAGCACUGACGGAUUAACAGACAGAAGUCACACUACACAUGCAGGACGUGUGUGAGACAAAUGUCCAUAAGGAGAUGUGAUCUAAAGCAGCGGUUCCCGUCCCUGUCCUGCACAUCUUAGUCUUUUCUUCAUUAAAGUGGGUGUGAUAGAGCAGAGAUAAUUUCUAUGGUUAUUUUUUAUUAUUAUUUAUUUUAAGGAAUCUAGUAUACACUCAGUACUUAUGGAUGCUUUUGUACAGUAUGAUUACUUUAUCUUUUUUAUUCAGAUUAUAGCACAUAUAUAUCAUUAAUGUUUUUACUGUGAUUUAAGGUCUAAUUCAUUGACGUUUUAUAAUAAAUCAUAAAUAAAGUACAGGAAAAGGUGGAGGAAUGAGGAGAAGUAAAAGCAGAGGUGGAAAUGAAACAGUUUUCCACCACGACAGACUCCAGGCUGUGAAUCAGAAUAAAUACUGACUAUCUGAGCUCAGAGCUGGACUUUACUGCAGUGGACUUUAUUAAAGCAGAUUGUACUGUAGUUAAUAAAGCUUGUAUUAUUUCGGCAACUUAAAAAAAGGUGCA